AUGGCCGCUAACCGCGGCGACGAGUUGUUGGGGGUCAACAUUGCCUUCUUCAUCCUAGCGUGUUGCGCCGUCUUGAUGCGAUGCUACACCCGCGCCUUUAUUUCCAAAUGUUUCGGAGCUGACGAUUGGCUCAUGGCGGUCGCUUGUUUGUUCUUCUUGGGAUAUGUGAUUUGCUCCAACACGGGAGUACACUACGGGACAGGACAGCACCGCGACGACCUAACCCCCGAAAACUAUGCGACCGCAAAAAAGUUUUGGUUUCUUUGCUACAUCUUCUUCGGCUUGACAAUGAUGACGGCGAAGCUGUCCUUUGGCUGGCUCUUGCUACGCAUAGUCGUCAUCCCGCAGCAUAAAUGGGUCAUCUAUGCGACGUCGUUCUUUGUCGUUGUCGCUGGCCUUGCCUACUUUUUCGUUACAAUGUUCCAGUGCCAGCCCGUGGCGCAUUACUGGAACGACGCCAUACCUGGCCAUUGCCUCCCCAUACACAUAUAUGUCGCGUUGGGAUACUUGUACAGCUCCGUCAGCGUCGCGACCGACCUGGUUUUCGCGCUUUUGCCGGCCUUCAUCAUAUGGCAUCUCCAGAUACGAACCGAAAUCCGAUGGGUCUUGAUCUUCUUGAUGGGUUUGGGCUGUGUGGCGAGCAUUGCUGUUCUAGUGCGCGUAGCCUAUCUCAGCACGUUUUACGAUCCCGAUUUCCUAUGGGCGACGACGGAUAUUGCCAUCUGGUCGACCAUUGAGAUGGGCCUGGCUCUUACCGCUGCCAGCGUCUCUACUCUCCGGCCGCUGGCACGGUCUUGGGGCCUCCGCAUCGGGUUCACGGACUACGCCUCGGCGGGGAGCGAAGACGUUAAUAACGAGCUGCGACGUCCGUCGCAGCCUGUCAACCGUCGACGGAGCGAGCUGGGCAUCCCAGUCUUCAACGCGUCUGGGACGUCGCAAGAUACGCUGAACCCAUCCCACGCACGAGACAAAUCAGUCAGCUCACAGGCGACUGCGAAUUACACUAGCCCGAAAUUUGAGCGUGUACAAUGGUCAGCCAACACGAAUGCCGACUUUGAUCAUGCUGGUGGCAGUAUAGAGCUGUCAUCGGUAGACAGAACGAUGGAUCACAGCACGUCGAGAUAUGGCGACAAAAAGAGUGGCGUCAGGCAAACCGAAGCGGAAAUGGAACCCUGA